UCAUGGUCAAAUAGAAUCCAACAUGGCUGCUCACAUGUCCAGACUCAGGGGCUGGAGCCGAGCACACAGGUAUGGCAUCGCAGUAUGUCGACAGUACAGCAGCGGCACCUCUUAUCCCAACGUGUCUCUGUCCACUCCUCUGCCUGGCAUCCCCAAACCCGUCUUCGCCUCAGUGGACGGACAUGAGAAAUACGAGACCAAAAUCACCACCUUAGAAAACGGACUCAAAAUUGCAUCGCAGAACAAGUUUGGGCAAUUCUGUACAGUUGGAAUUUUGGUAAACUCAGGUUCACGUCAUGAAGCAAAGUAUCCCAGUGGAAUUGCACACUUUUUGGAAAAGCUUUCCUUUUCUUCUACAGCCCAGUUCGGAAGUAAAGAUGAAAUUCUGCUAACACUUGAGAAACAUGGAGGGAUAUGCGACUGCCAAACAUCCAGGGACACAACCAUGUAUGCGGUUUCAGCUGAAGUGAAGGGUCUGGAUACAGUAGUGCAUCUCCUGUCAGAUGCAGUUCUACAGCCCCGUUUAUUAGAUGAGGAGAUUGAGAUGGCCAGAAUGGCUGUUCGGUUUGAGUUGGAGGAUCUGAACAUGAGGCCUGACCCGGAGCCUUUACUGACAGAAAUGAUUCAUGCUGCUGCAUACAGAGGCAACACCGUAGGCCUGCCGCGCUUCAGCCCUGCUGAUAAUGUGGAGAAGAUCGACAAGAAGCUACUUCACAAGUACCUGCAGAGCUAUUACUGCCCCGAGAGAAUGGUGCUGGCCGGCGUCGGCAUCGAACACGAGCAGCUCGUUCAGUGCGCCAGAAAAUAUCUCCUGAAUGUUCAGCCAGUGUGGGGCGAGAGCAAGCCUGCCAAUGUCGACCGCUCUGUGGCACAGUAUACGGGUGGCAUCGUAAAGAUGGUGAAGGACAUGUCCGAUGUGAGUUUGGGCCCAACACCCAUUCCUGAACUCACACACAUCAUGAUUGGGCUGGAGAGCUGCUCCUUUUUGGAAGAGGACUUCAUUCCCUUUGCCGUCCUUAAUAUGAUGAUGGGAGGCGGAGGCUCUUUCUCUGCCGGAGGGCCUGGAAAAGGCAUGUUCACCCGGCUCUACCUGAAUGUUCUCAACAGGCAUCACUGGAUGUACAACGCUACUUCGUACCAUCACAGCUAUGAAGACAGUGGUCUGCUGUGUAUUCAUGCCAGUGCAGACCCAAGACAGGUGCGGGAAAUGGUGGAGAUCAUCACAAGGGAGUUUAUUCAGAUGACCGGGACGGCAGGAGAGAUGGAGCUGGAGAGAGCUAAAACCCAGCUCAAGUCUAUGCUCAUGAUGAACCUGGAGUCUCGACCGGUUAUCUUUGAAGACGUGGGUCGACAAGUGCUCGCCACCGGCAAGAGGAAGCUGCCGCACGAGCUGUGUGAGCUCAUCAGUAAAGUUACAGCCAGCGACAUCAAGCGAGUUACGAUGAAGAUGCUGCGCAGUAAACCAGCAGUGGCAGCGCUGGGAGAUCUGACAGAACUGCCUUCAUACGAGGACAUUCAAGCCGCUCUCUCCAGUAAAGACGGACGGCUUCCUCGCAUAUAUCGCCUCUUCAGAUAAAGAAAAAAACAGCUAUCAGACCCAAACAAGCUCACUCUGGACUGGAGUUCAGGUGCAAUGCUGAGAAACACUGACUGGAUUUCAUUCGCAUAGUGUUUGAAGGUGACCUUCAAGGGAUAGUUCACCCAAAAAUCACGUCAUUUAUUAUAUUUAUUAUUAUUUACAAAUGUAAUUGGGUCGUCUUAUAAAAAUCUUUUACACACAAAAAGUCAGAGAAUUGAUGAUCAUAUGAGGGUGGAGAAAUGACAGAAUGGGUGGAGAAUCCCUUAAAUGUUUAAUGCUGGAGUUUGGUUUCUCUCUCUCUCACACACACACACACACACACGCACACGCACACGCACACGCACACACACACACACACACUUUCUCAUGGUUUUGUUGAACCCCAUCAUGUGUCGAAAGUAAAUUAAUAUGCUCGUUUUUUACAUUUUCAACUUAACCGGCGCAAUAAGUGGACAUUUUCCCCAUGCACUUUGUUCAUAUCUGCACAGGCUGUGUUUUUCUGUGGAAAGCUGUUCCUCACGUUACACUUCCGCAAAUCUGUAUAAAACUUUUAGCAUUUAGUAUAUUAAACUAUUUAUAAACUACAACUUACUGUUUACUGUAGCGGUGACAACUUUAACCAUCGAAAACCCUUCAAAUAUUACCAUUUAUCCCUAAAAUACAUGUCAGUUUCCCUAAUAAAUAAGUUAUUAUAAGUUUUCAGGAUUUUCCAUGAAUAGGUAUGUGUUUAAUAAUGUUCUUUUGUGUUUAAUUGUAUACACUUCUGAUCAUUUUUCAUAUAUCAUCAUUUAGAACGGUGUUUCUCAACCACGUUUCUGGAGGGCCACCAGCACUGCAUGUUUUGGAUGUCUCCUUUGUUUGUCACACACAUGACGUCUUUCAGUCUCUGCUAAUGAGCUGAUGAUCUGAAUCAGGUGUGUUUGGUUAGGGCAGGGGUGUCAAACUCGGUUUCUGGAGGGCCGCAGCUCUGCACAGUUUUGUUCCAGCCCUGAUUAAACGCACCUGAUCAAACUAAUAGAGUGCUUUAGGCUUGAUUGAUACCUACAGGUAAGUGUGUUGAAGCAGGGCUGGAACUAAACUCUGCAGGGCUGCGGCCCUCCAGGAACUGAGUUUGACACCCCUGAGUUAAGGAGACAUGGUAAAUGAGCAGAGCUGGUGGUCCUCUAGAUACAUGGUUGAGAAACACUGGUUUAUAGCAUUUAUUUGCAAAGAAAAUUAAUAUAAACAAAUCCUUACAUAUUCUAAUUUGACUCAAAACACACAUAUUAAUGAUAUAUAUAUCUAGAGAACAGUAAUAACUCUGAAGUGGUGUCUUUUUUAUUUCUAGAGCUUUAUUUUAGAUCACUCAACAGGAACAUAUUCCCUUGCACUUCUUCAAUUGCUGUUAUGUUUGUUCAUUGCUGGUCAUUAUGUUAAUAGUGAUGGAUGAAUCUCUCAUUUGGAAAAGGAAAAUAAACGUUUGGUCCUUUCUUUAAA